AUGAAGGAACUCAGCUUCGUUAUGCAUGUAUUAUUCAGUGGCUCUUGGAAAUCAAAAACCUUCAAGCAGUAUAACUUUAAUGCACUUGGUGUGCAGCCUCCGUGCGGUCAUCUGCAUCCUUUGAUGAAGGUACGAUCAGAAUUCCGACAGAUUUUCUUCUCAAUGGGUUUCUCAGAAAUGCCUACAAAUCGCUAUGUGGAGAGCUCAUUCUGGAAUUUCGAUGCACUUUUCCAACCUCAACAACAUCCCGCGAGGGACGCUCAUGACACGUUUUUUGUCUCAGAUCCUGCAUUGAGUACCAAAUUUCCAAUGGAUUAUCUUGAACGCGUGAAGACCGUUCAUUCGAAAGGUGGAUAUGGCUCUGCUGGAUAUAACUAUGAUUGGAAGAUUGAGGAGGCGCAGAAAAACGUACUACGCACACACACGACCGCAGUUUCAGCGCGACAGCUUUUCAAGCUCGCUCAAGAGGGUUUCAAACCAACGAAGAUGUUUUCCAUUGAUCGAGUUUUCCGAAAUGAGACACUGGAUGCCACCCAUCUUGCUGAAUUCCAUCAGGUCGAAGGUGUUAUUGCUGAACGCAAUUUAUCUCUAGCUCAUCUUAUAGGGGUAUUCACAGAAUUCUUCAAAAAACUCGGUAUUGAAAAUCUUCGUUUCAAGCCGACUUAUAACCCUUACACUGAACCGUCUAUGGAAAUCUUUGCCUAUCAUAGUGGAUUGAAGAAAUGGGUCGAGAUUGGAAACUCCGGAAUGUUCCGACCAGAAAUGUUAUUACCAAUGGGUUUGCCCCCAGACGUGAAUGUUGCUGGAUACGGACUAUCACUGGAAAGACCCACAAUGAUUCGAUACGGAAUCGACAACAUUAGGGAUAUGUUUGGGCCCAAAGUAGAUCUAGAAAUGAUCUACAACGGGCCUAUUUGUCGGCUCGACAAGGUCAAAAGCUGA